AGCGCAUCCAUUAGUUGGCGGCUAAAGAAUCAGUUUCAGAGGAUAUUUCAAGUUGCUGACACUGUUUUAGACCAAGAAAAACCUUUGGCUAAGCCCAAUACCUAAUCUCUUUCAUACACUUCUCACUCUGUUUCAAGACACUAGUGACUUCCAUAAACUUAGCAGUAUAAUGGAUCAAGACUAUAUUCGAAGGUACCACAGUGAACUGACAGUUGCUGUAGCAAAUCUUGAUACAAGCUCAAAACAUUCAACUCCACGAGGGAAAUCAUUGAAGAUGACCUUCAUAUUACCAUCUGAAGAACAAGUAGAUUUCCCAAGAAACUUCUUUAAUGUUCCAGAAUACUUGCAUAUGAUUUUCUGAAAGCAAAACACAGGAAAAAACUAAUAAUAACCAAACUCAGAAGUCAUAUAAUUAGAGCAUCUCUAAAAUAAAAUUUAGAGCUUCAAAUAUAAAGUUUUUUUUGUUUCCUAAGAGUAUUUCUAGAGUUUGCAAAAUUUUGAGUCUGAUUGGUAAUGGCUGUAGCUUUAAAUAUUUUGUUGUAGAAAAAAAUCGGUAGACUUUUUGCUGUGGAUUUAAAUUUUAUUGCUGUAGAAUUUUAUGGAAAGCAUUAAAAAUUGCUUUGGAUAUUUGGCCCUGCAGAGCACUUGUACAGCUGUAGUUUCCAAAAACAAAACUUCAAAUUGAACUUUAAAAUUAUUUGUAAUUUACACUAUAAUAUUUAUAUUUGUCAUAAUUAAUAUAAAUCAAUAAGAGAAAUACCCUAAAAUAGCAACAAAAAAGGUUUGGUCACAAAAAACCACAAGAAAGAAAAUGACUAAAAUGUUUCAUUAAAGAGGUAAAUAUACAUUUAUACCCUUAGGAUUAACUAAUUCAUCCAAACCUUAGGGUUAAGGAGUGGGAAUUUGGAAUUGAAGUUUAAAAUUUUAUAAAAUAAAAUAUAAAUAUUAAAAAUUUGAAAAUAAAAAUUUUAAAAAUAGUUUCAAAAAUAUUUUUGAAUUACAAAAAGAAAAUACCAAUCUGCUCAAAUCUCUGACGAGACAACAGAUUCUCUAGGUCACUGCGAAUUCUCCAGGUUCACGUAACGUGCUCUACACGCGAGGUGUUUGUGUCUUCUCGUACGAAGCUUCUUUCUGUCAAGAUGAUGGCUGAAUCCACCAGAAACCUCUAAAACAAAAACAAAACAUCUUAUGAUAUUUAGUUCUUGCUCUGUUUUUUUGUUUCCGCUAAUCGAUCAUAGAAGAAAGAAAGCUACAUAGCGUUUUAAUGGCUGGUGAAAGUUUAAUCUAGUGAUAGUAUUUUCAUUUUCAGGUUUCAGUCAUCUUUUACAAAUGUCUACGAACUAUAUAUGAACUUGAAUAUGGUUUAUCAAUGAUUAUUGCGCUGUUCCACAGUAAGUCCAACACCAAACGAAAACGAUUCCAUCAAUAAUCUCAAAAACAUUCGACGACAAGCAAACCAACAAUAAUAACAUAAAAAAAAUGUUCAAACGGAUUUUUAGAAACAAACCGAAAUGGAAUCACAUAGUUCCCCUCAAAUCAUUUUCUGGAUAGCAUGGUGUAGAUGACAGAAGAUAUGAGUUCAUACUUCUUUCUGCAAAUCUCCAGCUCCUUGAGAAACAGAGCCUUGACUUCAUCGGAUGAUGGUUCGGGGUUGUUGAGGAGAUCAAUAGGAACCGCCAUCGUCUUAUAAAUUUGAAGGUCGAGAUACAGUUUCUAGAGAGAGUAUUGGUGAGUAACGAAGAGUCAAAUGUGAAGGAAGUGAAGUGAGUAUAUGAAGGAAGGGAGAUUAAAUUGUUUUUUUUUUUUAAUUUGUCCAGCUGUUGUGGAUUCAACCGGUUCUGAUUCUGAACCAAAAUAAUUAAAAAAUCAAUAACCAAACUAAACCGAAACCUGAACCAAGCUCGACAAAAGACUUCAUUUUUAUGCCUUUUUGUCAUCUUAUGGCUUUUCUUUUGUUUGAAAAUAAAACCAAAGCUAAAUAAUUAAGAUAAAAACUAGAAUUAAAUGAUAACGAGAGCUAAAUGGUUUGUUGUAGAUCUUCAUGAAGAGUUCUUGGUGAUAAUUACAUCUCCACUUUCAAAGAGCCAAGUAAGCCUUCUCAAGUUCAGCUAAAGAAACAAAAUCAUGCCAACCCAAGCCUAUGAAUAAGGCUGACUAGAUGCGGUUGAUAAGAUUUACGUGCGGAGGCAUCAACUUCACAAGGAAACGUAUGUGCUAAAUCACUAAUUAUUUAACUAUUCUUAAAUUCAUUUGGGGAAUUAAAAUUCUUUGAUGCUGAAGAGGUUUUCACUGAAAACUUUUCAGUUAUGAUUCUCGACUUACUAUAUAUGUAAUUGAUUGUAUAACUCGUUUAAGUCUUAAACUAAUGUGCUAGUAAGUUACUGUUCUUGUAGUUAACCGUUGUUACAAGAAGACGGAAGCAUCAGGGUUGGGAGCAAUUUGUGUCUAUAGCGCUGAACAUCGGGAGGCUUACUUGAACAAAGCUGGAUCUUUGAAACUGGAGGUCGAAUUUGAGGUUGUUUCUACCACCAAAUACACUCCCUCUGUCCCUCAUGAUCACAAGCUCUACCCUUUGGAGAAAAUUAAUAUUCAAUUUCAUACGAGUACAAUGAAUCCAAAAUACAUUUCUUUAAAAAGAUUUUUAGAUAUCUUUCGACUUAUAAAAGUUUUGUAUUUCAAGUCACACAAAUAAAUUUAAAUUUUUAUAUAGCUAAGACAUCUAGCAUCUUCUUCGUUUUGUUUAACUCAAAAGCUAAUUUACCAGUUGAAGUGUAUACAUAUCUCUCAAAUCUUUCCUUAUUGAUCAAGUUUAUUUAUCCAAAGAUUCUCUAAUAAAAUAUUGACAUAAUGACAACCGAACAAUCCAGGCCACCCUUGACCCAAAUUUCUUUGUGGGUUUUAGCCCAAACAAAUUGAUCCAUGAGUGAAUUGAUUAUUACUGGGCUCAAGUCGUCAAGCAGAGGUCGAGUUGCACUCUGAAUAUAUAUUACUAAAGUUAGGGUUUGCUUGUCUCGAUUCUGCGUUUUGAUUCCUGGCUCUGUCUCGGCUUCAGGUUUAUCGACUGUAGCCCUAAAUCACAGUCUGCCUCGAUCUUAUUUUUUUCCUUAUAUUUGGCUGAACACUCGUAGUCUUUUCACCUUAUCUCUGUAUAGAGUAUUUAACGAUUAAUCUUUCGUCUGUUUCUGGUUGACUUGAUCAUUAAGGAUGGUCGUUACAGUUUCGGAUGAAGAAACAUCUUCGUUGUGUUUCUUCGCAUCAGAGUCAACAACUUCGCAAACCUUCUGGACAGAACGUCCUCCUGGUUCUUAUUCCCUCAAAAUCCAGAAUCUCGCACAACUCAUCGGUGAAAAAUACCACACUCGUGGUUUCUUAGUAAAUGGCUACAAUUGGAGAUUAAUUAUAUAUCCAAAAGGGAAUGAAAAGGACAAUGGAAGUGGAUAUAUUUCGAUGUACGUUGAAAUAGACAGCACAAGCGAGGUGUUUGCAUAUCUCACCUUCUUUGUCUAUAACAAGAAAGUAAACAAAUAUUUAUGUAUUCAUGAUACACAAGUGAAGCGUUUUAAUGCACUGAAGAAGGUGUGGGGAUCUUCUCAAAUGCUUCCACUUGAGUUAUUCAAUGAUCCUAAAAAUGGAUAUAUAUUUGAGGAAGAUCAAUGCGAAUUUGGAGUUGAUGUGACGAUUGAUUCAACCGUUACCAACUGGGAAAUCGUCUCUUUUAAUGAGAAUUUUUGUUAUCCCAAAUUCUUCUUUAGUGUCAAGAAUUUCACGAUGCUGAAUGAACAUCUCUAUUUCAUGUCUAAUACAUUUUCAGUGGGAGGAAAGACAUGGGUACUAAGGUUUAUUCGCAAGUGCUUCUCUACAUUAGACGACAAAUGGAUCUCCAUUUUUCUGCAUCUAGCCGACAAUGAAAGAUUGUUACCGGAUGAGAGGAUUUACACGCGUGGUCAUUUCCGAGUUCUAGACCCAUAUGGAUCUAAUCACAUCACAGAGAAAUUUAACUGCUGGCACGAUCAAUCAAACUCAGGUUGCGGUCACGACAAAGUGGUGUCAAUGGAUAAGCUCCAGGAGGUUUACUUGGACGAAGAAGACACUUUGAGCGUAGCGAUUGAAUUUGAAGUUAUCUCUGCGACCAAUUACUCUCCCAUCAAUUACUCUGCCAUUAUCUAAGCUCUCUCGCUUCCCCCGUUACUCUCUCUGUCUCAUUAAUUUGCAAAAACGAACAAAAAAGGCGCAUUUACGUUGGGUUUAAUUUCGUUAUGCAAUGGACUUUCUUUUUUUCAUCGCAUUAUUUUCGAAAUUUCUUUUUUGAUUCAGUUGGGAUUGAGAUUCAGUAUACAUAUAUUGCAGAAUUUUCAAAGCUAUUGAUCGAAUGAUUAGAAUUAGACAUAGCUCUUUGUAAGAAAUAUUUGCUAGAAAGGGACGAAAAAAUAAACAUCUCCGUCAUGUAUACCUUCCCGACAAAGCUUUGUCCUAAUAGUAGUUAGAUUAGUGAUGAUUCUGUUUUACCCUUAUAUAAACCUAAAAGCUUGGGCACAACAAAACAAUCUGACAUUAAAGUGAAAUCCAAAUUGAACACUCCUACCGCAAUAACAAUUUCGGUUCUCUUCUUGGGGGGGAACUUCACUUCAAGUGAGGACUGGCCUUUUCGUGUAAGAUAGUGGGAUGGGAUGAUACGGGGUGUGCGCAAUCUGAAUUUUGAAGUUUUUUUUGUAUUAAAAUAAUAAUUUCUUUAUUGGUCAAACAUAAUUUAAAAAAACUUAAAUGUUUGAAUUUAAAAGUAUAGUUUAAAUUUACUGCUAUUGAAAAUACUUAAACAAUAAUUUUAAUACAUUUUGUGAUUUUAACGUGUUUUGAUAAAAUAUGAAAUCUCAAAAAAAAAUUCUAAAUUAUAUUGAUAAAAUUAUAGCGAUUUCCAUAACUAGAAAAAUAAUCCACAAACUCAUUGAAGUUCAAAUCCUUCCAAAUCAUUUUAAAUUGUAGAUAUUUUUAUUUUAAUAAAUUCCAGUGAACUAAAAUUAUCAUACAUAUAUAAAUUAACAAUUAUUAUAGGGGGAAAAUACUUUAAUAAUAGACCAAACGUCUAACUAAGUAACUAAUGCUUUUAAACCUGGUAUUUUGGAGUGUGGUUGCUAUAAAUUAUGAUGUAUGCAAUCAUACAAGUAAUCUUAUAUGAACUUUUAUUCAUGGCAUCUGUAAAAUCGUUUACUUUACUGUUGUUAUGUAUAUUGUCCAUAUGAUGUAUAUGCAUAGUUAUAAAGACCCCUAUUCUAUCUCAAGUGCAAGACAAAAAUUGUAGGGAGUAUUUGCUCAAUAGCCAAAUUCUGAAUGAAAAUUAAAAAAAUAGUACUGACUUUAACAUUAUUAAGUUAGUAGCUUUUGUCUCAUGGUUUACCCGGUUAUACCCUUUUCACUAGCAAAUUUCUAGUGAAAGAAAAAGAGAGUGCAUGACGUCGUCACUUGGUGUUAUGGAUAAGAGUGAAGCACCAUUAUUUUCACCUCACGUAAAUUAGCUAUGUGAAACACUUCUUUACUUCAUAUAAAUAGAAACUUUUUUCAUAAAGAAUGUAUUACAUAUCACCCAUGUUCGAAAACGCGGGCGAGUUGGCCGAUAACUCGCCAGUUAAACGCAAAUCAGUGAUGCUCCGAUGCGAUUUUGUGUUAUUCGGGCAAAACUCGGAUUAGAAAAAAAAUUGUACAUAUUUUGGCAUUUUUUGGUUCGAAAUCGGUCCUUUCAACAUAAAUCUCUCAUAUUUCUUUGUUAAUAAUCAAGAAUCGAAGCAAAUCGUCCCAGGAAAAUAUGAUUUCUGUUAGAAAAACAAAAAAAACGGCCAUAAACUAGGGCUAAAAGACGCACAGGUCGGGAGGAAGAAGAUGAAUUGUAUAUUACAAAUAUACCCUUCAUUAAAGAAAUGUAAAAAAAAAAGAUGAAAAAAUAACAUUAGUGGCCAUCGAACCCAGGUUAAGAGAACUAAAUAAGCCUAAUGUAACCGCUGGACCACAAUAACACAUCUGCUAUUGAUUUUUCAAAACAAUUUAAGAUAUACUAUAAAUGAAAAAUGUGAAUUUUUAUUAUUUUUAUUUUAAAAUUACUCCCCGAGUACUCUUUGAUUUUAUCCCGAUUUUCUCUUAAUUCGCUAGGUCCGGGUCAAGCGUACGUAUAGCGCCUAGCACAAUUUCGAACAUGGCAUAUCACUCAAGUAGUAUAUGAAUUUAAUCCCUAUAUAUAAAUUUUAUCCCAACCCCACCCCAACCCCAAAGUACUAAACCUAAAACCUUAAUCAAUAAACCCUUAACUCAAAUAUAAGUCAUAAACCCAAAUAUAAACUCUAAACCCUAAUAUAAACCAUGAACCCACAUAUAAACCCUAAACCGAAAUAGAAUGAAACAAAAUAAAUAUCAUAAUAUAUAUUGAUGAAAUUAUGAAAUGUCUAAGAUUCCAUGGAAUGAGUUAAUGCUGAUCCCAACCAUACCCCUUCACCUUCUAAAUACUAAAAUCUAAACUCUAAUCACUAAACCCUAAACCCAAAUAUCAACUUAAGAAAAUUACAAACUAUAUUUUUAAACAAAAUAGAACACUCCUUAGUAAUCGUCAAGUGGAAUAGAACAUGCAAAAAUAGUAUUGUUAAAUGGAAUGGAACAUAAUAAAAUCGUCAAACGGAAUGGAACAAUAUUGCAACCGUGACUUACAGUAGUUAAAAGUAUCUUCCGCAAAACGUACAUGUGAAUUCGAAUCGGCAAGAGUUCAGUCAUAUUGGUGUCACGCCUAGAAUAGCUCGUCGCAUAUGUAGAUUUUCGAAUUUCCGAUGCUUCCCGUCCAUCACCGCCAAAGCCUUUGCAAACAGUCUUUUCCAUCACAAAGCUAUUAUGGAUUUACCAAAUAAUUUUUUUUUUGCAACAGGUGUGUAAAUGUUGGAAGGCCACAAGUUACUUGUGUUGUUAAUAAUUAUUAAUGGAACUGUUUUUGUUUGCAAGUUUUAUAGGUAGGAUAGAAGAACAAAAUGACAAUAUUAUAUAAAAAUCACAUGGUAUAUCGAUAAGUUAAGGUAAUUAGUUAUAUAAUGAAUUAUAAUUUUCGUGUACGCUAUACAAUGCAAUUUUCCAAAAUUAGGUUUCGAAUGAUGACCAUCGUCCCGUCCCGCCCCGCAGUUAACAAUAACAAAAAUCUCUACUUAUACUAUAUGGCUAUGAAUGUUUGGGGCGGGAGAGGGCGGGACGUAGUGCGGGACGGGAGAGAGUCGCCACUCACGCAUAAAAACUGUCGGUAUUUACUUAUGAAUUAAAUAUUGGGAAUUCGGCCAAAAAAAGCACGAACUUUACACGAAUUGCCAAAAUAAACAUGUACUCGAGCCUGGCCAAUAAAAUUCCAAACUUUCGUUGACUUUUUUAGUUUAUUAAGAAACUUACGAUUGACUGACCAAAAUAACAAACCGUUAACCGACAGUUAAAACUGUGUUAACCCACCGUUAAAUACUACCGUUUAGUGAAACGACGUCGUUUCAUUCAGUUCUUUUGUUUAAGAUAAAAUCUUAAAAUUGUUGUUGGUUGGACUCGAAUCCACACACUCUUGGACUUAACAGAGGGGAGUUUUACCACUGGGCUAGUGAGACUUUUUGAAAUAUUAGAUACAAAUUUCUUUUUAUUGAUCAAAAGACGUGGAUGAUUGAAAUAAAA